AUGAAUUGCUACAAAGAUGUGAAAGGCACCAUCUACGAUUAUGACGCCAUCACUCUUGAUGGGAGGGAAAAAAUUCAGUUCAAAGAUUAUUUUGGCAAGCAUGCUUUUGUCAAUGUGGCCACCUAUUGUGGACUGACAGCUCAGUAUCCUGAGCUGAAUGUGCUUCAGGAUGAGCUGAGGUCCUUUGGUCUAGUAGUGUUGGGCUUUCCCUGCAAUCAAUUUGGCAAGCAGGAACCAGGAGAGAACUCAGAGAUCCUUCCAGGGCUAAAGUAUGUCCGUCCAGGGAGAGGAUUUGUCCCAAAUUUCCAGCUUUUUGAGAAAGGGAAUGUGAAUGGUGAAAAGGAACAAAAGGUCUUUACCUUCCUGAAGCACGCCUGUCCUCACCCCUCGGAGUUUUUGGGCAUGUUAAAACACAUAACCUGGGAACCUGUAAAGGUCCAUGACAUCCGCUGGAAUUUUGAAAAGUUCCUGGUGGGGCCUGAUGGCGUCCCUGUCAUGCGCUGGUCUCACCUGACUACCGUCGGCUCUGUGAAGGCAGACAUCCUGGCCUACCUGAAGCAGUUCAAAGUGUAGACACAGCAACAGGAAGGUCAUCGCACAACUUACGUUCCACUUUAUAACACGCCUCCAUCCCCAGGACAAACGCAUGCGUCAUUUUCCAACUCUUUUCAGCUCAGUGUUGGCCGAGGACACCCCUCCUGGAAAGCCCUUGUCAAUGCCAUGCCCCUGCAGGAGCCCCAAGGUAGAGUGGACGCAGGAAAGCACCUCACGUGAAGUAAGGGCAUCUCUGUCAUAGUGGGGCCCAGAGCCCCUCUGAUUUGGAGUCUGAAAGCUGUCCCUGCUGUUUGAUGCUCAGUGCUCUGAGGUCAUGAUGCCUGGCAGGGCCGCUUUCCCUCUCUACCCAAGACUCCUCGUGUCAGAACCAGCCUUGCCACUGUUGCCAAUAAAAUAAUUUCUGCAGCA